UAUGAAGUUAAUGGAAUUUUACGAAGUUUAUCUCUUUGUAUUAAUCCUUGCUGGGACAUACAUCUAUAAAUAUGCAUAAUAGUCUAAAGCUUAACUUAGAUAUGCUUUAAGUUUAUAUCUGAUUACAUUUUUAUUCAAAAUUUAAUGAUAGUAUAAAAAUUGACCUUGUUCAUAUAUACUUUUUGAAAACCCUUUUUCAUCUCUCUUUCUAAAAUCUUCACCUCAUCUUGUUAACAUUAAGAUGAGCACUACCUCUCCAUUUUUCUCCCCUUUAGUAGUCAUUGCCAUUUUUUUCUUAUGUGUAACAGCUUUUGGAGCUAACACUAUUCACCCCGACGAAAGUAUGAUGUGUAUUUAUACCAUAGCUCCCAGAUAAUAAACAAAUUUCUUUGAUUUUUCUUUUCCAGUCGUUUUUUCUAAGCUUUCAUGUUAGUUUAAGGCCAUGUUUAGGAGAAACAGCUUACUUUUGCAGUUUAUAGCAUAAAUGAUUAUUAAUAUAAGUGCUUAUGUAUAAGCUUACAUAAACUAUUUUUAUAGUAAAUGGUAUCUGUAUAUGCUAUAAGCUGUUUUCUUAAUAUUUUUUGGGAAACUUAUGAAAAUAAGUUGAAAAAAGAAAUUAAGAUGUCAUAGGCUGUUUUCAUAAAUUCACCCAAACAGUGUCACAAAACUUAUGUCAAAAGAUAAACUCAGAUAAACUAAUCCAAACAAGUCCUAAAUAUAAUAGAAAGCUCUUAAAGAUAUAGCCAAAUCACUUGGUAAGAAGGAUUGGAACUUUGACGUAGAUCCAUGCAGCAACAAACCUAACUGGGUUACCCGUCCCAUACCCAAAAUCUUAGAAAACAAUGUCACCUGUGACUGCUCUGUUGCUGGUGACAACUUCUGUCAUGUUGUUUCAAUAAUUUUGAAAGGGCAAAAUCUACCCGGCACUCUCCCACCAGAACUGACCAGGUUGCGUUAUCUUCAAAUUAUUGACCUCUCUCGCAAUUACUUGAAUGGUACAAUUCCGAAACAAUGGGGCUCCAUGAUGAAUAUUAGUAAAAUUGCACUCCUUGGAAAUCGAUUAACGGGUUCAAUACCAGCUGAGAUUGCAAACAUAUCUACUCUCCAAUUUUUGGAGUUGUGGAACAAUCAAAUGUCUGGAAAUCUUCCUCCUGAGCUUGGAAAUUUAACCCAGAUUCAAACACUGCGAAUUUCCUCCAACAAUUUUAGUGGAGAACUACCUGCGACAUUGGGCAAGCUCACAACAUUGCUAGUUUUCCGAAUCGAGGACAACCAAUUUUCUGGAAAGAUACCCGAUUAUAUUCAGAACUGGAUAAGUCUCAACACACUAGUGAUUCAAGGAAGUGGAUUAAGUGGGCCGAUUCCUUCUGGAAUUUCUCUUUUGAGAAACUUAACUGACUUCUUUGAUUCAAAUGUGAUACUCAGGAGAAUUAGUGAUUUGAAUGGAUCUGAAUAUGCACCUUUGCCAGAACUUGAUAAAAUGACUUCGUUGAAAACUCUGGUUUUGAGGAACUGCAAUAUCAGUGGAAAAUUAUAUGAAUAUCUUGGGACUAUUACAUCAUUAAAGAUCUUAGACCUCAGCUUUAACAAAUUAAGUGGCACAAUUCCGACUACCUAUGCCACCAUGAAUAGUUCGAACUACAUAUUUUUUACUGGAAACCUUCUCACUGGACCAGUGCCUCCUACUUGGAGAAAGAAUACCUACGUAGAUCUUUCAUACAAUAACCUCAUCAUCAACCAGGGGAGUCAGAUAUGUCAAGAUGACAGGGUGAACUUGUUUUCUACCUCAUGGACACGCAAUGAUAUAGAAGCAGUUUCGUGUUUGGGCUUGAAAUGUCCCAAACCCUCAUACUCCCUUUAUAUAAAUUGUGGUGGAAAUCAAGCAAUAGUCAACGGAAAAAGUUAUGACGGUGAUUCAGAUUCAGCUGGACCAGCGAGAUUCCGUGCCAGUUCAACAGGAAAUUGGGCGUUUAGCACCACUGGUGUAUUCAUGGAAAAUGAUCUACUUGGAAAAACUUUUAUCCCGCAAAAUACUUCUAAACUAACUAUGGAAGAUUCUGAAUUGUACAUGAGCGCACGUAUUUCUCCUAUUUCUUUGACUUAUUAUGGAUUUUGCCUGGCAAAUGGAAGCUACACAGUAGAUUUGCAUUUUGCUGAAAUAAUGUUCACAGACCAUCAAACUUAUGGUAGUCUUGGAAGGCGUGUAUUUGAUAUUUACAUUCAGGGAAAGCAGAUGCAAAAGGACUUCAAUAUUGCACAAGAAGCAGGAGGAGUUGGUAAGAAAAUCAUAAAACAGUUCAAAGAUGUUGUUGUUUCUAAUAAUACUUUGGAGAUCCGUUUUUAUUGGGCUGGAAAAGGAACACAGGCUGUACCGAAUAAAUCAGUAUAUGGUCCUCUUAUAUCGGCUAUCUCAGUGGAAUCUGACUCUCCACCUGGAAGAAUAUCUACUGGAGCUAUAGUUGGAAUUGUGGUUGCAGCAACAAUUAUUAUGAUUCUAGUAUUUGGUAUACUUUGGUGGAAAGGGUGUUUUGGAAAGAAAAACUCAUUAGCAAGAGAGCUGGAGAGUUUAGGCCUACAAACAGGUUUAUUUACCUUAAGACAAAUCAAAGCAGCCACAAAUAACUUUGAUGUUUCCAAUAAGAUUGGAGAAGGAGGAUUUGGUCCCGUGUACAAGGGGUGUUUACCCAAUGGAACAUUAAUAGCAGUGAAGCAACUUUCUUCUAAAUCAAAGCAAGGGAAUCGUGAGUUUUUAAAUGAGAUAGGCAUGAUUUCUGCUUUGCAAAACCCUUAUCUUGUUAAACUCUAUGGUUUCUGUGUGGAGGGAGAUCAGUUGUUGCUGAUAUAUGAAUACUUGGAAAACAAUAGUUUAGCGCGUGCUUUAUUUGGUCCAGAGAAACACCAAAUUAAAUUAGAUUGGUCAACAAGGCAGAAGAUUUGUGUUGGUAUUGCUAGAGGUUUGGCAUACCUCCAUGAAGAAUCAAGACUGAAGGUUGUUCACAGGGACAUCAAGGCCACUAAUGUAUUGCUUGAUACCAAUCUUGACCCAAAGAUAUCUGAUUUUGGUUUGGCCAAGCUUGAUGAGGAGGACAAUACUCACAUUAGCACUAGAAUUGCUGGGACCUAUGGAUAUAUGGCUCCUGAAUAUGCAAUGCAUGGUUAUUUGACCGACAAAGCAGAUGUUUAUAGUUUUGGAAUUGUUGUCUUGGAAAUUGUUAGUGGAAAGAACAACACCCUUUAUCGGUCAAAGGAGGAAGCAUUCUAUCUUCUUGAUUGGGCACAUUUGUUGAAAGAGAGGGGUGACCUAAUGGAGCUAGUUGAUAGAAGAUUAGGUUCAGAUUUCAACAAAAAGGAAGCUAUGGCGGUAAUCAAUGUGGCUCUCCUAUGCACGAAUGUGACUUCAAACCUUAGGCCGUCCAUGUCGUCGGUGGUAAGUUUCCUUGAAGGAAGGAAUGCGGUUCCCGAAUUUGUUUCAGAUUCAAGUGAAGUAAUGGAUGGAAAGAAGUUGGAAGUAAUGAGGAAGUAUUACUAUCAGAUUGAAGAAAAUAAGAUAAGUAGUAAGUCAGAAACACAAAGUCAGAGUCAGAGUUUAUUAAGCGAUGGGCCAUGGACUGCUUCAUCUUCAUCGGCUGUAGAUCUUUAUCCUGUCCACCUUGAUUCUUCCUAUUUGAAGGAAAGAAAUUAACAGUAUUUGUUGAUAAAUAAUUGCAUCUGCCAGUUUGAUGUCUUGUGAUGAAACCGUGUUGUGUUCAGAUUGAUUACCAUCUUCUUCCCAAUUUAUAAACCUCUUUGGAACUUUGUGUAA